AUGCUCCAGUACGUCAACCAGUCACUCUGGGUUGAAGGUCAGCCGAUUUGGAUCUCUAGCUGGACUCACAAGACCGGCUUCAUCAGCACGUGGGGCGAUGUCAUUGACAACACGUUCCAGACGGCUGGCAAGUCGGCCUUCGAGAUGGCCUUGAUGGACAAUGACGAAGAGGACAUUUUCAUGCUCGCCGUCAAAGGCGUGGUCUUGGACCACAUAGGCACCCUGGGAGCAGAUCUGCGGGAAGCAAACGAAGUGCUCGAUGGAGUCACCCUGGAUGACAUACCUGUUGACACCGUGCGAGCUCAACUCAUGGAGCCUUUCGAGCUGAUGCGAAGCGUCACAUGGCCUCCAAGAUGCUACCACACGUGGGAGAGCUGGAACGCUGCGCACCUGGCUACGCUGAGAGCCGGCAAAGAACGCGGCGGAGAUGCUUUUACGGAAGAGUUUGGUCGCUUCAGCUUCGACGACUGCUGCCGCAUCAUCAUGAAUCGGCACCGCUGGCUGCGGAGAACAGGACCCGACGCGCACGUUUUCGCCGACUUCAACUACUCCAUGAUCACCACCCUCAGUCACCUGAACGGCUGCACCAACUGGUCGCGGAUAACCGUCACGCAGUGUGGCCUGCUCGGGCGAGUUCCGCAUGGCACGCAGCAAGGUGAUGUUGUUGCGCUGUUUGCUGGUGCGCAGGUCCCUUUCGUUCUGCGACCUCCUGGGGAGCCGGAGACGGGGUUCAAAGUGGUCGGACCGUGCUAUGUGCAUGGAGUGAUGCAGGGAGAGCUUUCUCACGUCCUCACGGAGGAGAAUAUGGUACCUUUUGUGCUUGGUUGA